AAGCAAUGUUUCAGAUCGAGGGAGAGAGGGCGGAUUCGUGGCCUAGAAACCGCGUCAAGACAUAGCGAUAUAAAACGAGACAACAUUAAGUUAGAUACUAGCUCAGCCAUGGAAGGGGUAAGAGGAUACUGUUUGACGUAGUAUCUACGUGGGAACGAACGCUUAAUGAAACGAAAAGGAUCGUGAAUUGGAAAACACUCGUCAGAACCGAGGAUACGUAGACGUUUAAACAUGCAUCAUUUUGGAGAUAAAAAGACUGGUGUUUUCUCGCCUCUGCCUCACAUUAAACGCCUGGAAAAAUGAAAGGCAGAGGGCUUUCCAAAAGACCUAGACAUGAAAUUCAAGAUGCUGCACUGGCUCAGCCUGCUGAGCCUAAGCCUUACUCUCCUGGUUUGGUUAGGUCAUGUGAUCACACAGAACGAUCCAAUGGUUGUGCAAAAUCGUGGACUCAGGGGCUACACGAGGAUCACCCCUCACAGGACGGAGCAGUUUCUGGACUUGCACUGCAACCAGUGUGCCUUGGUCUCCAGCUCAGGUCAGAUGCUCAGAACUGGUGCAGGAGAAGAGAUUGACAAGUUCGACUGUGUUAUUCGAAUGAAUAAUGCACCCACACGGGGGUUUGAGAAGGACGUUGGGAACCGCACCAAAGUGCGGGUUGUGUCUCACACCAGCGUUCCCCUGUUGGUGAAAAACGAGAGUUACUUCUUCCAGCGGUCAGCAAACACCACAUACGUGGUCUGGGGUCCUGACAGGAACAUGAGGCAAGACGGGAAAGGACACAUCUUUAACGCUCUCCUAAAAAUAGCAAAGAGUUAUCCCAAAGUGAGAAUCUACACUGUGACCAAAGAGCAGAUUCAGUUCUGUGACAGCAUGUUUCAGAAUGAAACUGGGAAAAACAGAAUGAAGACUGGGGCGUUUCUCAGCACAGGAUUUUUCACAAUGACUCUGGCAUUGGAUAUUUGUGACAGAAUCCACGUCUAUGGAAUGAUCGACGAUAACUACUGCAGUCGGGCCAACCACGGUGAUGUUCCUUACCAUUACUAUGAAAAAGGUCGACUUAACGAGUGCAAGAUGUACAACGUCCACGAGCACGCGAAACGCGGAGGCCACCGCUUCAUCACUGAGAAGGCCAUCUACGCUAAAUGGGCCACACACCAUCAAAUUGAGUUUAAAUAUCCAUCGUGGAGCCUCUGAUGAAGAUGUUCUUGGUCUGUACAGUGGUAAUUCUUUUUGUUCUCUGCUGAAUAUUUUAUUAUUGCAAGAGCGUGAAGCGUACAGUGCACAUACUAUGUUACUGAUGGACUCUUUUUUUUUAAUCCACUUUGAGUAAUUUUACACUGGCUUAUACUAGUGGAAAACACAUCUCAAACCAUAUGUACUGUAUAUAAAAAGCACCAACACAUUUCAUUUAAAUGCUUAUAUUCCUUCUCAGCAUUUCUGAAUAUUUCCAGCAUGUACAGUAUAACCACUCAUAAAAUCAAUGUCCAUCUCGGCACUGCACACACUGAAGCCUGUCAAUCGACCCAUUAGACAGUUGUACGAUUAACAGACGUACAGAUGGAAGGACAGACGUUCCUUCAAUUAAGAGAGAUGGUAUAUAGUAGUAGAUUCUUCUCUAAACUACACAUUAAUUUCUUUGUACAUGUGCCUUGAUAUUUCAAGUUAAAGCUACAAUAUGCACAUAAGCUCUCUCUGAGAGACAUGAUCAAUCUUUUAUUUUCUUUGAUUAAGUGAUUCACUGUUCUUUUUUUUUUUUUUUGAAUAUAUAAAAACCAGCAAGAACCAGAGUGUCAUGUGUCACUUCACUUGACAUAAUCAAACAAUUCUGUUUCAGUUGACAGAUCUCAUUGAUUAACUGUCUACAUUUUCUCUGCCAUUCCUCUCAAGGAUUGGCCAAACCAGUGUUCAUAAAUAGUCUGCAAUGACAAAAAAAAUUAUAAUCUGUUUUGUUUGAAGAACAUUUCAUGCUCACUGCUCAUAAAUCCACCAUCAAAUGAACAUACUGGUUCAUACUGUGGCGUCACUUAACCUCAGCUACUGAAAGUUACUCACCAUUACUUCAGACAGUAUUUCAGCCACAGGGAUUAAUAAAGUAUUCUGAUUCCGAUCAAAUGCUGGACGUAGCUGUAGGAGUAUUUACUUUUACAAGAACAUCGAGUUUGCUUGCAUUAAUGUAAUGUUAACCCAAAGAGUGAAUGUGCAGUUUGCAGUAGAGUUAUAUGACGCAGUAGUGGUUCGAUGUGGGAGGUGGAGCCUUGUGUCUCACACACUUUCACAGAUCCCACAGAUGUUACAUGACAUGAUGCAUGUGUGAUCAUGUUUAAAUCAAUCACACACCAGAUUAUAAAUGCAUGUAACCACAAACUAAA